AUGUCUGACGCACUCCCCACGAUCAUCCUUAUCCACGGCGCCUGGCACACCCCAGCGAACUACCAAAAUUUUAGUGACUCCCUCACGGCGGCCGGCUUUUCCGUUUAUUGCCCACACCUGCCCAGCUGCAACAAUACCUCACCGCCUCCCGCGUCCUUCUCAGAGGAUGUGGUCGCUGUGCGCGCCGUCGUUCAGGAGCGCGUCACGGCUGGCGAGUGUGUCUUGAUGGUGAUGCACUCGUACGGCGGCAUGGUUGGGACGGAUGCCGUGACGGAUAACCUGCUUCGCAGCACUCGUGCAGCGAUAGGUCAGCCUGGCGGGGUCAUCCACCUGCUCUACCAAUGCGCAUACAUCCUUCAGCCAGGGACUAGCAUCAUUGAUAUCUCCAAAGCCUCCGGCCUCUUUCACCUUUGGCCCCAGUUCGUUAACAACUUCGACGACGGCUCCAGCUUUCCCGUCAACCCGGCUGCGCUGUUCUUAGGCGACGCCGAGCCCGCAGACAUCGAGGCCGCACUACCUCACCUCGUCCGCUCCCCGCUCUCAGCCUUCAGCGCUCUUUCUGAGGGCGACUGCUGGAAAAAGUUGCCCGUCACGUACGUCCACACCUCUAAGGACGGCUCAGUGCCGCGUCCGUAUCAGGAUAUCAUGAUUGAGCGCGCCGAAAAGGACGGCGUUGUGAUCAAGAAGGAGGACUAUGACACCUGCCAUAGCGUGUUCGUUACCAAGAAGAAGGAGAUGGUGGAUCUGGCACUGAAGGCGGCGAAGGAUGAGCGGAACGCCCAGUAA